AUCGCUUUACGAUAUUUACUGGCAGAGAAUUUUUUUAUUUUUUUGUUGUUUUUCUGGACAUAGUGCUGUCUUCCAUUACAUAAGUGAAUAUUCACUCGUCACAAUGGCUGAACCUACUGAAAAGGAAGCAACGGGAUCUGAUGACCAGCAACAGGAUGAAGCAUCAGUAUCGAUUUCAACCCCUCAUCACGAGGGAGAUGAGACGAUAACGAUCGAGGAGCUGGAAGAGCAACUGAAGGCGGCCAAGGCGGAAACAGCGGCAGUCCGUCAGGAGGUGUCAGCCCUCACCCAGCAACUGGCAACUUCGGUGCCCCGCGCCGAAGCCUUAUUAGCCAGGAGGGAACUGGAAAGGCGCAUUGAUCAGCUCACCAGGGAGAACCAGGCUUUAACUGACAGCGUAGAGCGCGAGCAGAAGGAGCGAGAAUGGCUGGAGGGGGAGCUGAGGGCCCAGUACGAGGCAGCCGAAUCUGCCGAACAGGAGACGGCCAGCCUCCAAGCUCUUCUCUCGCAACUCGAGACCACCGUUGAGGACAAGACUCAGCUGCUUGACCAACAAAAGGACGAGCGAGAGAACAUUAACCGACAACUCGAGGAAGGACGAGAGGAAGUCGUCAGACUUCGGAAGGAGGCUGAGGCUAGGGCUCGAACCUUGGCCAGACUUGAAACUGCAAAUAAAGAAGCGACAUCGACUGCCAAGUUACGAGACGAAGACUGCGUGAGACUCCAGAAGGAGAACUCGGCAGCGCACAGGCAGUACGACCAGCUGGAGAAGACCGUCCGGAGACAGGAUGAAAUGCGCGCAGAGGUGGAGAGUCAGAUAAAGAAUUUAAGAGGACAACUCAAGGUCGCAGAGAAGCAAGCCUUGACCGAGAACCGUCAGCAGCAGAGAAUAUCCCGCCAGAUGGAAAAACUGAAGCGAGAGAGGGACGUCCUUCACAGAACCUACAUCAAAACCCUGGGGACUGUGCAAAAGCACGCUGGGUUGGUCCACAUCCGGGAAUUGGAGAGACAAAACGCCGAGCGAGAGUUGGGAAGAUCCAGGCGGGAACUAACGAAGCAAAACGGGCUCAUCACUGCUUUCCAGCACGCCAGAGAUAGGCAACUAGAAGAAACGGCGCGAGUCGAGGCCAAGGUGAUGGAAUUAGCAGCCGAGGUAGAGGCAAGGGGGCGGGAAGUGCAGAGGUCUUUUCACACCCACGCAAUCACGCGCGCCCACCUCCAGCAAGCCACCACUCUGGCGGAAGCUCUCAAAACUGAUAAUUUCAUCGUCGGGAGGCAGCUCAGGAAUGUGCAAACCGAAAAAGAAGAAGCAGUCGAGGAAUGUCGAAAGUCGGGCUAUUUCGUCACAAAGCUUCAGCAGAACCUCAACGUGAGGGAAACGAAGAUUCAGAAACUGACCGGAGACAUAAUCGCGAUGAAACGCGAGCAGGAGCAGCUGAAGGUUGCCGAGAAGGCGGCGCGAGACAUGGUCGAGGAGAGGGACCGAACCGUCCAUUACGCCGAAGGGGAGAAACUCGGCCUCACCAGAAUUCUUCACGACCAAGAGAGCGCCGUUAAGCAUCUGCAGAAGGAGCUUGAAGAGGAGAGGUCCGGAAGAGCCACGGUGGCAACGCAACUGGCUCGUCGCAACGACGGUCGAGCCCUGAGGGAGCGCGUCCGACUGCUCGAGCACAUCUUGCAUAAAGGAGAUAAAGACUACGCCAACAGGAAGACGGACAUAAGAACUCUGGCAACUGAAGUCAGCGCACUGAGGGAUGAACGAGAAGUGCUUUCACGUCAUGUCAAACUGGUGGAAUCCCUCAAGGUGGAGUUGGUGAGAAUGCAGAGGGAGCUCAUAUCAUCACAGAACAAGAGAGCUGUGCUGGAGGAGGAGGUCAUUCGCAGGGAAAAGGCCCAUAGAUGGACAACGCUAAAGGCAUCCGACCCCAGCAAAUACGACCUCCUGCGUAAAAACCAGCUCCUGCAGAAGAGACUGGUGGCGGCCACUCAAAGGGCAGCAGCGAACGAAGCUGAGGUAGCUCAUAAGGAUCGAGAAGUUGAGGACCUGCGCCGAAUGGUGGAACGGUCGGCGGCGCAGCACACAGACAGCGGAGCUGCCAAGGCUCACUUCAUUCAACAGCUGCGAGCAAAGGACGACCAAAUUAAGAGUGUGACAGCUGCUUUGAACGCAGCCCUGUUAGCGCAAGAAGAGGGGGAGCAAGAACGUCGAGCGCUGAAAGAACAACUGGCUUCCACACGGAGGAGAUUGAAUGCCUUGCAUCGACAAAAUCAGCGGAAAUCAGCAGCUGACGGUCAGCAGGACCAUGAGAUGAUGGGGCAGCAGCUUGAGGCUGAACUUCUGAGGAACUCUGAACUUCCGAGAAAUGAAACUUGGCUCUCAAGGACUUAGAGGGACUGCACACAAUUGCGUGUAUUCAAUGAAUAUUAUUUAGAGUACAGACACCAUCUUGCCUUCAUUACCGUUAGUGCCCGAACACCAAUUUUACAACAACUGAUCGUGAGAAGGCCUCUCAACGAUCUUGUAAGCCUUAGUUUAAGUACUGAGCAUUGUUGAA